AUGAUGGUGGUUGCCGGAGCUGUUGAGGUGACUGGCUGUAACGGUCACAGGCAUGAAAGCAGAAUUGCGCACUCAACCACCGUUGGCACCACCAAUGUCCCUCCCACCCCUUCAAGUGAAGAACUAGGCCAAUCCCAUCUCACAACGCUUCAGCAACAGAGUACAACUGGAGCAGCUGUUUCUGGCAAAGCGGUUGCCAUAUAUUCACAGAGUAAAGCUACUACAAAUGUUAGAAGCACAAAAGUCCAGUCGACUACAAAGUUUACCGCACCUAAAGUAGACAGCAAGUCGACAAAUUUGGCAAACGCAAGCACAAUGGCACGAACAACAACCACCAGAACAAAUAUGUCCCCGACUACCGGUAAACCUAUCAUACACAAACGGGCAAAAGCGGACGUGAAUGUAUUCCUGGUAUUCUGGGGUAAUGGCGCCAAUUUGGGCUUCCUUUACGACCAGGCCGCGACAAACACGCAGGUUGUGGCGGCGGAAAUCAGGGUGCUUAUCCUCAACAUGGUCUCGCUGGGGGCAGAUGUGAACCAGGUUCACUUGAUUGGCCACAGUCUCGGAGCGCACACUUCCGGUUACGUAGGGGGCCGGCUAAAGUCUGACCACCAUUUGGUGUUAGGACGUAUAACAGGCCUGGAUCCCGCCGACCCUGACUUCGAGACAAAACCUAUACUUGUUAGACUAGACAAGAAUGACGCCGCCUUCGUCGACGUCAUUCACACUAACGGCGCUCCAUUUACUGGGCUAGGUGGUUAUGGCCUUAUGAUUCAGUGCGGUGACGUUGAUUUCUACGUUAAUGGCGGAGCGUUACAACCAGAUUGUCCAGGUGUUGGAAUGUCCGUCCCAGGCAUGGGCUUUAUGGACUCACUCUCGUGCAGUCACGGUCGUGCACAUGAAAUUUUUACUGAGACCAUCAACUCACAGAUGUGCCAGUUUGUUGGAUACCCAUGCUCCAGCUAUGAGAGUUUCCAACGAGGAGACUGCAUGGAUUGUGGCGAAGACGGAUGCGCAGUGAUGGGCUAUGCUUCCGACAUGUACACCGUUCCAAGGGGCAAAAAGUAUCUCAACACACGCCGAUCUUCACCGUUCUGUGGUCACCAGUACAAAGUGUUGGUAAAGAUGUCUACUUUUUGGGACAAUACAAAGGGGAAGAUUGAAAUUAAGCUUGCAGGCACAUGGGACACGAGCGAGUGGAUCCCUGCAACUGCAGCUGGCAUAAAUGACGAGCAGUUGAAUAGAGGAGCCACGAUCUCACAUGUAGCUGUUAUGAAAGAGGUGAUAGGAACGAUUACCUCCAUCAGUGUCCGGUUUACAAAGGGCAGUCAUUCCCAAGAUACCCUUCAAGUGAAUACAAUCAGGACGAAAUCGGGAGACAAUGGUGAAGAGACGGUGUUUUGUUUGUCGGACGUCACCUUGCAGACAGGUGUUCCACAGGAUUUCCCACCACACCGAGGAAUGACAUGUCCUUGAUUUCUUUUUGAAACUUAUCAGAAAAAUAAAAUGUGUAAGAUUU